AUGAAGCUCACCAGGCUAGCGGUCCUGAAUACCCUGGCAACCCUGACUGUCGCCUGGCUUCCAACGACCGACAAGACAAUCACCUCCAACAAUGGAACUGAUCUCUUCAGAGCCUCACAUGGAAAGAUUCGGGGGGUGAACCUGGGCACGCAGUUCGUGUUCGAACCCUGGAUCGCUAUGAAAGCCUGGUCUGAGAUCGGCUGUGAAGGGCAGGAAUCCGAAUUUGACUGUGUAAUGAAACUGGGUCAGGAUGCAGCCAACAAAGCUUUCGCCAAACAUUGGAACUCAUGGAUUACCAAGGACGACAUCAAUGAGAUACGAACCUACGGUCUGAACACAAUUCGCAUACCCGUAGGCUACUGGAUGAAUGAAGAUCUCAUCUAUCGCGACAGCGAGUAUUUUCCACGGGGCGGAUUUGCCUACCUCGAGAAGCUGUGCGGGUGGGCCAGUGAUGCUGGUCUGUACAUCAUUAUUGACAUGCACGGGGCCCCUGGCGCCCAGGUUGCGAAGAACGCCUUUACGGGCCAGUUUGCCGAUACGCCUGGAUUCUAUGUGGAUUUUGAGUACCAACGGGCACUCGAAUUUCUCGAGUGGAUGACGAUCAAGGUCCAUACCCUGCCCAAUUUCCGCAACGUGGGAAUGUUGGAGGUCGUCAACGAGCCGGUGCAGAAUCCCGUGGUAACGGCUACGUUGCGCUCAAACUAUUACCCCAAUGCUUUCCAUACCAUCCGCCGAGUGGAAAGAGCACUCGGCGUUGACCGAAAAGACUACCUGCAUAUCCAGAUGAUGGAUGAGGCUUGGGGCGCCGGGGAUCCCCAUGAGCACCUGACGGAUGACUACUAUGCUGCCUACGACAACCAUCGCUAUCUCAAAUGGGAUCCUCGAGUAGAGGUGUCUCACGAUAGCUAUAUCAGGGCCUCGUGUAACGACAACGUGGCGACCAACUGGCCCGCUAUUGUUGGCGAGUGGAGUUUGGGGGUCCCCGAUAACGUGCAAGAGACACCCGACUGGAAGCCAUAUUCCAACCUGGACUUUUACAAGAAGUGGUUUGCCGCGCAGGUGAAGAACUAUGAACAACACCAGGGGUGGAUCUUUUGGACAUGGAAGACCCAGCUGAACGAGUAUCGGUGGUCUUAUCGCGAUGGAGUUAAGGCGGGAGUGAUUCCGACCGAUCUCAACGCAGUGUUUCAGGAAGAUGUCUGUAAAGGUCGAGGCGACUAG